AUGAAUUUCUCUCCAACAUCCCGGACAUUGUUCCUGGUCCAACUCGGCACCUUCUUCUCAGGACUCAUAGUCGUCAUCUGUUGCUGUCUCUAUGUUUCAGCUUACCCCAAAUCUCCAGAUGCAGGAUCAAUCUCUGGUAUCGCCAUCGGCACCCUCAUCUUCUCCCUCAUAUCGACCAUAGUCACCCUCAUCCUCGUCGUCCGUCAGAAAUCAGGCCGGACAGUCAAUGCCGCUAUCGAGGGUUCCUGGGUCGGAGUCGCCAUUCUCCUCUGGGUCCUGGCCUCUGUCGGGGGCAUUGCCAAGCCAGCCAAUAACAUGACCCAUGUCUCCUGCAGGGUCCUCCCCUCUGGAAAAGACACCGACGACAAGAACUACAUCCGUGCCUGCCAGUCAAUGUUUGCCUCGACCGCUUUCUGUAUCCUGUCUGUGAUCCUAUUUAUCGUCACGGCGGUUCUUAUCAUCACAUUCUCAAUCCAACGGGCUGUUCGGGACAAGAAAGCCGCCCAGGUCAAGAUCGGAGGCAGCUAUGCAUUGGGACCCUCUCCCUCAGAGUACCGACGUGCGGAGCAGAAUGGAGAGGUGCCGACAACUAAUGGUUCAGGUUCAGACGAACCCAAGGAUAUCGAGGCUACCUCACCCACCACCGACCCUGUCCCUGCCCCUGCUACCUCGACUGGAGGAUUCUCUGAUAAUGUCUAUCAUGACCCAGUCUUGCCAAUGACCACACCCGCCGUCACCUACUCUACGCUCGGAGCUGGUGUCGCCACUCCUGCGCCUGUUCACGUCUCGGCUGCUGCCGAGCCCCACAGUGGAUACAACGCCUAUACAUCGACUGGAAACAGCGGACAUGCAAUUCAGCCCAGUUACCAGUCGGCGUCCAAUCUUUACGACUACAACAACACUGUUACCAGCCACCCCAACCAAGGUAGCAACAAUGGCUAUUUGGGACAGGGGUCAUCAGGUCACUUUCAGCAAUCGUCAGCCAUGUCCAACAUGUCUGCCAAUGCCUACGACCAGUACAAUCCCUAUGCCAGUGCCGGUAACCUCUAUGCCAACCAGCAACCAGUACAGCAACAGCAGCAACCAUACCAGCAGCAGCAACAGCCAAUGUACCCACAACAGACAAUGGGACCACAUUCUCAGGGCACGUAUCCAAUGAUGGGACCACCUAACCAGCAGUCUCCUUAUGGAACCCAGUACAUGGACAACAACAAUCAGCAACAACAAUAUCAGCAGCCACAUCAACAGGGACCAUACCCACCCAUCAUGGCCAUGCCCCAGCCCGAGCACUUUUAG